CCUCUCCGGUGUUCCGUAGUCCUUCCUCCACCUCUCUACCUGUUUAGUGGUUAAAGAUGGCUGAAGCUCCUCCAUGGCCCAGCCGGUUCUUCUGUCACAGAUGCUCCGCAGAGAUUAGUCCUCGGCUUCCCGAUUACACAUGUCCAAGAUGUGACUCAGGGUUUAUUGAAGAACUGCUGGAGGAGAGAAGUGCGGACAAUGGCUCCACGUCUACCAUUUCCAGUGGCCCCCAGAACCAGCAACCAUUUGAGAAUCCGGACCAGUCCUUGUUUACAUUCCCCUCCGGCUACGGCCAGUUUGCCCUGGGUGUCUUCGAUGACCGCUUCGACUUCGGGGCUGGGCUGGGAACAGAGGAUAAUAGGGACACAGAAAACAGGCGAGAAAGGGAAACAGCAUCACGGCAACGAUAUGGUGCUAGGCAACCGAGAAGUCGUCAUGGCUCAAGGCGACAAGCAGGGAGGCCCGAGGGAGUUCCCACUUUAGAGGGAAUCAUUCAGCAACUGGUGAAUGGAAUAAUUGCACCUACUGCAAUGCCAAAUAUUGGUGUUGGACCCUGGGGUGUUCUUCAUUCAAAUCCUAUGGAUUAUGCCUGGGGUGCUAAUGGACUAGAUGCAAUUAUAACUCAGUUACUAAACCAGUUUGAGAACACGGGUCCUCCGCCUGCUGACAGGGAUAAAAUAAAAACUCUUCCUACAGUUCAUAUUACAGAGGAGCAUGUUGCUUCAGGACUGGAAUGUCCAGUGUGUAAAGACGAUUACAGUGUUGGAGAAAUUGUGAGGCAGCUCCCAUGUAAUCACAUGUUCCAUAAUGACUGCAUAGUCCCCUGGCUGGAACAGCAUGACACUUGUCCAGUGUGCAGGAAGAGCUUGAGUGGACAGAACACGGCAACAAACCCUCCAGAACUAUCAGGGAUGAACUUUACCCCCUCCUCCUCUUCUUCCUCCGCCUCUUCAUCUUCCUCUACCCCUCAGUCCUCGAGUUCGACCAGCAAUGAGAACUCCACUGAUAACUCAUAGAGGACCAUUUGUCCUCCUCACCCUACGAGCUGUUUAUAGCUCCUAGGCUGCUGUACUUCAGAGCGGUGACCUCCAGUCUCUCCCCGCUGUAGGGUAAAGACCUGAGUGCAGUGGCCAGGAGCACUCGAGACUGAUUCAGGGGUAAGUGAUACGUGAGGUCCAUGCAGUUCUGCCUGCCCUGCUGCUCCCACCUUGAUCAGGGAUCUGAACAAAGGAAAGGCGGAGGCCGGGAGUGCAGCUUCUGUCAGGGCGGAUGUGGAGAAGCAUGGAAACUUCAAAAAGGCUCGAUCUGCCUGAAUCACUUCGUACAGGAACAAAAAACAAAGGGAUCCAAAGGUAGAAGACUCGGGACAACGAGACGGUCGUUAUUUUUCUUUUUUUUUUACUCUGACUUGUAUGAUUUAAAGUUGGCCCACUUUGGCCAAUGAAGCAAAAAGAAAUGUACAGUUAUUCCUUUUUAUAAGUAGCAUUUAUAUCUCACAGAUAAAAUGACCCAAAGUGCACUAUUAGUGUGCACUUCAGUUCCGUCGUGGUUUAGAAUAUUACAUUUGAUUUGUUUUUAUCUCCAAACUAAAAUAGUUUAUACAUUUAUUUUAUUUUCAAGAGCCACUCAGAUUAUACCUGACACUACACAGGUAUUGUUGUUUGCACUUAAAAUAAUGCGUCAAAUUGCAGUAAUUUGGUGCUGUUUGGAUAAUGGUGUGGAAAAUCUCAAUUAAAUUACUCAUUUAAGUAUGUUGUUAUCUGCAAGCCUAAAAUAAUUAGAAACAGUUCAUUGCUAUGUGCAUUUUAACUUAAAGGUAAAUUAAAUAUGUUCUGAGGUUGCCAGUUGAAAAUCUAUUGCUUUGCAGUAUGGUUGUCAGAAAAAAUAAAUGGUAUGAAAAUAAAGCUGUUUGGGUGCUACCACUCAAAGUUCUUGUAAAGCC